CCCACAAAGGCGACCCAGACCCACUGCGCAGGCGCGGAGCGGUGCAUUUCGGGACGUGUAGUUUCCGCGCCGCAUUGUGGGAGUCCUGGUUUGCAAGCCCACUUGGCGCAGCGGUCCCCGCGACUUGGAGCUAUGGGACCGAGGCCCCAAGAGGGAAGUCGCCCGAGUGUGUAGUGUCUGCAUCCCGAGCUCAAGCCUGACGCCGGGGACCAGCACGCCUGGCACCCAGCUCCUCCCCGUGUGCUGGCCGGGGUCUGCGUCGACCAGGAGUGACGUCACCGUUGGUCCAGCAUGAACUGGGAGGCUCUGGAUCACGUGCCCCUGCUGCUGUACAUCUUGGCAGCAAAAACAUUGAUUCUCUGCCUGGCAUUUGCUGGCGCCAAAGUAUACCAAAGGAAGAGGUUGGAAGCCAGAGAGCGACAGCUGGAAGCGGAGAAGAAGUCGGAGAAG